AUGAAGAAAACCAGAGACUCAGGAACAGUGAUAUGGGCCAGAGGCAGUUCGUGGGGCGCCGGUCUGGUUUUGGGGGACGUUGUGAGUGCACCUGCGGUGAGCCUGGCUGUCAAGGAAGGUGGGCAAUGCAGAGACGUCAGGGUCGCUCGCCCGAGCACGGAGCUGUUUCCCCCCCUGGUAAUCUCGCUGCGCGUACCCCACAACGUACAGGCCAGUCUCCCGAGUUCCGUCCACCACAAAGCAGGAGUCCCAGCCCCGGAUGGCGUGCCCGUCGUGAGGAAGGAUCCUGGAGGCGUGGUGUUCAUUUCCAGCAGCAGAGUUCUCCCAGGGAUCCCGAGCAUCAGGGAAACUUCCAGUAGCUGUUCCGAUUUCCGUAUGGCGGUUCCCACACUGCGCGGACGGCCAUUGAAGAAGGACUUUAUUGGCUCACGGGCAGUAAAUGGACAGACACUAGACACACUGGGCACUAUAGACGUGUCUCUUCACUUGGGCCGGGCCUCUUGGCGGCACACUUUUCAUGUGCUGAGGGAGUCUACUCAGGCGGUCCUAUUGGGGUUGGACUUUCUGGCAGUGAACAGGGCGUUGCUCGACCUGGGGCGGGGGUUUUUGAAGAUCGGUGAUACGUGCCUCCCCUUGCUUUACCAGGCUCAGCUUGUCCCUGAGUGCUGCAAUGUAUCUCUGGCCGAUGGUGUGAUUAUACCUCCCUUAAGUGAGGCUUUGGUGCCAGUUCAUGUGCGUCCACCGGGUGGUGCUAACAGGCCAGUAACUGACUUUGAAGGCUACUUGGAACCAAAUGUCCCAGAUUCGGCUGGUUUAGUUGUAGCUCAUACCGUGGCUAAUGUGAAGAAUGGGGUUACUGUUGCGCGUGUUCUCAAUCCCUCUGGGAAAGCAGAGGAGCUCAAGCAAGGGCUGCACAUAGGGGAAUUUUAUCCUAUUCACGAGGUUGGUGCACCAUCGGUGGUGCCCACUUCACAUAAAUCUUCUGUCCCGUGUAUGGUCACAGACUCUCCAGUCAACGAGCGACAGAGGGCUGAAUUACAGGAGCUUUUGAGUCGUUUUAGUAACGUGUUUAGUACCCCAGAUGGGAACACUGGGAAGUGCUCUUUAAUCCAACACCACAUUCGCACUGGUGAUAACCCCCCAAUUAAGCAGCGGGCAUAUCGGACGUCUCCUGAGAAAAGGGCAGAGAUUGAGCGUCAGGUGGGUCAGCUACUGGCAGAUGGCCUGGUGGAGGAGAGCUUCAGUCCCUGGGCCUCACCCGUUGUGCUCGUCAAGAAAAAAGGGGGUCAGUGGAGGUUCUGUAUCGAUUACCGCCGUCUUAAUGCGGUUACAAUUAAAGAUUCGCACCCGCUGCCGCGUGUGGACGACAGCUUGGAUGCGCUGGCUAGGUCAAUGUGGUUCAGCACAUUGGACUUUUCGAACGGAUACUGGGAGGUGGAAGUUGCCGAGGAGGAUCGUGAAAAGACCGCCUUCACGACCGUGGUGUCACCAGACUUUUCUCGCCCCUUUACAGUUUACACCAAUGCAUCAAAGGACGCUGUUGGGGCGGUACUGGCGCAGGAGAAUGACGGUUUGGAACAUGUAGUGGCCUACGCCAGUCAAGCCCUCACUCACACCCAGAAACGCUGGUCCACCUUUGACCGUGAACUGUGGGCGGUUGUCUGGGCUGUGCACGAGUUUAAACAUUAUGUGGGGCUGUCAGCAUUCACUAUUGUUACUGACCAUCGUCCUCUAUUAGGCCUUCGUGGCAUGUCCAUUGACAAUGACCCUACUGGUAAACGGGGGCGGUGGAUCCUGGAGUUGGAUCCCUUUAAUUGGGCCAUCAUCCACAAGGACGGAUCACGGCAUUUGAAUGCGGAUGCGUUGUCCCGCCGCCCUGCUGAGGCCACAGCUCCUGCCAUUGACUGUGUGAAUGUGAUUGAUGUUGGGGGGGCGAAUAGUCAUGACCAGGCUAGGGAGUCGUUACCCUCCUCUCCAGUGUACUCUCUCUGCUGUGAUGAGGCCAGGUUGCGGUCCCUGCAGCAGGAUGACCCAGACAUCAGGGCCUCUGAGAGACAAAAACUUUACCAUGACCAGACAGUGUGUCAUCGGCCGUACGGUGUUGGAGCGUUGGUGUGGCUGAACAAUCCGACGGAGAGCCGCACUAAAUUAGCGCCGCAUUGGAGGGGCCCGUACCAGGUGGUGCAGGUAUUCUCGUCAGGAAGUGAACCGGCACUGACCUAUGACAUCAUUAAUCCGCUGGAUAGUCAGGAGCGGAGUCAGGUGGUUCAUCAUGACAGACUCAAACCAUACACUCUGCCGCUCCCUGCUCGGCCCCCUGCUAGUCGGGUUGUCGCAUCGGACCCUUUCUUGCAUGGAGGGGAGGCAAGUUUGGAGCCAGCGCUGGCCCAGCCGCAGCAGUCUCGGUCGGGACGUCUUGUUAAAGCCCCUUCACACCUCAAGGACUUUGUAGUUUGA